UUUAGACUGCCUUUUCAGCGAGAGUAGAAAAUUUUUCGAGUUUUCUGCUGUUGUAUGACAUUAGAAGAUCCAAAGUAUUGUAAAAUUUUUGUUUUGUUUAAAACAGUUCACAUUGUUGUGUCAACGAGUGAUAACAGUUUUAUUAAACAUGAGUGGAGGAGUUUAUGGAGGAGACGAAGUUGGAGCACUGGUUUUCGACAUCGGUCAUUAUGCAUUACGAGCCGGUUAUGCAGGAGAAGAUUCUCCUAAAGCUCAAAUUCCCUCUGUAGUUGGGGUACUAGAAAAGGCUGCAUCUGUUGAAAUGAUGGAUGUAGACAGAAUCAAAGAAGCUGCACCAGCUUCUGAAAAGAAAUACUUCAUUGAUACAGUUGCAUUAAAUGUCGCCAAACAAGACUUGGAAAUUGUCGGAUACCUGAAGGAUGGUAUGAUUGAAGAUUGGGAUGUUUUUGAAAAAAUUCUCAACUAUACAUAUGCCAAAUGCAUAAAGUCUGAAUCAGAGUUUCACCCUGUUUUAAUGUCUGAAGCACCAUGGAACACUAGAGCAAAACGAGAAAAACUAACAGAAAUCAUGUUUGAGAAGUAUAAUGUACCAGCAUUCUACCUUGUAAAAAAUGCAGUACUUGCUGCAUUUGCAAAUGGAAGAAGUACCGGAAUUGUCGUUGACAGUGGUGCUACUCACACUUCUGCUGUACCAGUCUAUGAUGGUUAUGUUCUUUCUCAAGGGAUUGUUAAAUCUCCAUUGGGUGGAGAUUUUCUUACAAUGCAAUGCAAACAGCUUCUGGAAAGCAAAGACAUUGAAGUAGUACCUCCUUAUAUGAUUGCCGCCAAAGAAGCUGUCAAAGAUUUUGAAAAGCCCAAGUGGACGCGCAAAAGUAACUUGCCAGAGGUCACUAAAUCAUGGCAUAAUUAUAUGAUGAAGGAAGUUAUACGAGAUUUUCAAGCCAGUGUUCUUCAAGUUGCCGAUGCACCGUAUGACGAAGAUACGGUAUCAACGAUCCCAAUGGUCCAUUACGAAUUUCCGAACGGAUAUCACCAGGAUUUCGGAUGCGAGCGUUUUAAGAUACCCGAAGCUUUAUUUGAUCCUAGUUCAAUCAAAGGCAUAGGUAACACAAUGCUUGGAGUAGGUCAUGUAGUCACUACCAGUGUUGGCAUGUGUGACAUUGACCUUAGACCGAGCUUGUAUGGAAACGUUAUCGUCACCGGUGGAAAUUCUUUGCUAUUAGGAUUUUCUGAUCGACUGAACAGAGACUUAUCAGCCAAAACACCGCAGAGUAUGAGGUUAAAAAUCAUCAGUGCUAGUGGAUCGGGCGAGCGUAGAUUUGGCGCUUGGAUCGGAGGUUCAAUUUUGGCGUCCUUGGGAUCCUUUCAACAAAUGUGGAUCUCUAAGCAAGAAUACGAAGAAGGCGGCAAGACACAAGUGGAGCGUAAAUGUCCAUGAAAUUAGCACCAUGAUCAUUAUCUGCUGUAUUUGGAGUACACAAACAUGCCCUUUCCCAAUGUGUAACACAUAAUUCAUGAUUAAAUGUAGCCUCACGGAUACGUUGGCAGUCGAUCGCAUGUCGCUAUGAUCUAUCAUCAUAUAAAUUAACAUUUUUCAACAA